AGCAACCCCGACCACAACAACAACAACAGUGGUACUGUCUGAAGAGGCGGCGUUGAUUUUAAUUUCAUUUUGUCCCGAGGGGCGAGUUUAUCGGGCAGCACCAUUCACAGGACGGGAAAUUUAUCCAGUUUUUAUCAUUUUUUGACCACAGGUCGCCUGGGCGUCAUCCCCAAAUCACGGACAACGUAGGUUAGGUGGUUGUUACGGGUGUCCAAUAUAUUUCUUACAACUUUAGAACUACGAAAAAAUGAUGAACAUUCUGCAGAUCUUGAACCCAUUGUUGAUGUGACGACUUGUAUUGAAUUUUGUAACUAGCUCAUCAAGAUUCUGAAAUUAUUGGAUGUUUCUUCUUUGGCUCAUUGGCAAGGAUGAAACCUGCAAGAAACCACGAGAGAGGUUACGACACAAUACGAGCAGCUUUAGCUAAAGUUAUUCAUCUUCAUAAUGACUUCCCAGCAGUGUUAAGAGAAAAUGAAGAUGGAAAUUUUAAGACCAAGAUGAUAAUAAGCGCAAGCAAGCGCAUGGAGGCAAACAAGGCAGAUAUGGUAAAAAUAGGUGAAAAGGAAUCUAAAAAGAUUUGCAGCUCCAAACAAUCAACAGACAAACUAUUCAACAAAAAUGGAACAGAUCUUGAUGUUCAAGUUGAAACUUCUGAGGGCAUUAGUAGCAUAACAAAAGAAGUUAUCCUUGAACAAAUUGAAGAAGAGGCAGAAUCACUUGGUGUUGAGGUGUCUGUCGCAGCCAAAAGUCUAGUUCUGGCUCAGGUCAAAUUGCUCGCUCGUCUCGUCCAGGAGGGACAGGACUAUACAAGCGACCUGGAGGGACUCAUCACAACCACAAGUUUUAUGGUGGCAAGAAAAAUAUUGACUACAACAGACAUUGGAGAACAACUGCUCAAAGAGACUGCAUUUCUGAGCCUCCCUCUCACAUCCCUCUGGAGGUUUACCAGUAUUGGAGUUGUGUCUUUUGAGCAGAUCAUUCAGUGUAAUCGUGAAAGCAAGCACACCCGCUCUUCAAUGGUGGAUGGACUCCUAUUCUUGAUUCUCUAUGGGAAGAAUGAGGAUGUGAAUAUUUCAACAGUUAGUGAGAUUCUUGCUGUUGUUAUUUGUAUUGCUUAUGAUUCUGCCAAGGAUGAACAUGCUUCAUUAAGCAGAUUUGCUAAUCAAAUACUCAGUGAUCUGACAUCAAGAUUACUUACCCAUAUCCUAGACAGUGAAACUGAGAAGAGACUGAAGUUGGAUGUGCAAACUACGGAUGAAUUUUCUGAAAAAGAUAUGGUUGAAGUGAUGAAUGUAUAUGAAUUGGUGCUAAAUAACCUUAGCAUAACAUCACAAGCCCUAGAUCGUUACUGUUCAAGUCAACUAGUACAACUUCUCACUCACCGACCAGAGCUGCAACUUGGUCGCGUACUGAGAGAACAAGACCAGUGGAGAUCAACUCAAGCCAAUGCCACACUUUCAGCUUGGAUGCAGAAGUUGGUUGUAGCACUGGGACAUGAAAAUGCUUUAAACACACUUGACUUGGUGGUUACUAAUGAUGAGGUUAACUGGGGAUGCGUCUUGACACUCGUUGCUACAACCCUCAAUUGUCAUCGUGCAGCUGCUGCCACUCUUAAAGGGAUGAUAGAGCAAAACAUUCGACGUGGGUGUGAGGACCAAGAGAUGGAAUCACUGGUUAUAGGCUUCCUCUUUGCCCGACACGCUAGCCAGGAGGGACGCCACAUCUUCCCAUCUUACUCUCAAUGGUUCAGUGCUGUCUUCGCAACAGAAUCAGGAAGUCCUGUAGCAAACAAACAAUCUUUUGUUUUCUUGAUACGUUUCUUAACAGACUUGGUGCCCCAUGAGCCAGCUUAUUGUCUUCGUGCACAUCUUACAAAUCAGAUCUUUACGCCAAAAGGCUGUCAAGAGGUUCUACAAGAUUAUUGUUACUUGGCCAGAGCCAGACUGCAAGAGCUGAAGGACACGCUAGAACAAGGUGUUGCUGGCCGUCAGUCGUCCACUGCCAAGAGCAAAGUGGCAGAAGAGGUAGAAGCUGCUGUGAAUGGCUUUAGUGAAUCUGGUAAAAUUCCAAAUUUUAUUUUAGAAGCAUCAAUAUUUCGCAAGCCACACUUCCGCUCCGCCUUUCUGCCUGCUUUACUAGCACCUAGGCCCUUGCCAGAUGUGCCAGAUUCAAGAGCAAAACUGAUUGCAGCUCUUCAUUCAACAGGCAAAAUUCCAUCCAGUAUGUUCAGUAAUUAUGUUGAAGCUUGUCAGAAGGAGGCUUCAGACUUGUUAGCAGGUGUAUUCGUUGAUGUUCAAGAAGAAGUUAUUAUCGAAGAGCCAAUCACAGAGCUUUCUAAUAUGCUACAAGAUCUUGUCAGAGAAGCCACAAGCAGUCUGGAUGGAGAUAAGGUUUCAUCAUCUGCAGUGCUACCAACUCUCUCUCGAAUUUCACAGAAGAUUGAAGAAAUGAUGAAAUUUUCAGAUUCUCGGCUGAAAAAUAUUAAAUAUUUGACUUUGGAUGCAAGGAAAUUCAAUGCAAAGGUGGUAUCUUACCAGAUUAUAGUGAAAGUAAUUGAAACUGUAGAAAAACUGUGCAACACCUGCAAACCUGUGGACAGUACAAGGAAGAGGCGACCCGAGUUUCUGUCACAGUUUCUGUCACUGAUGUCUUCUAGUAUAACCUUACAAUGUGCACUCUUCACACACAUUUUGCACAGUCUUAAGAUUGGCCAACAUGGUGAACUCACCGAUGAUGAAGUAGAGAAUCAUGGCAUAAUUCUGUCUGAGCUGUGGAAAAUCGAGGGUCUCUUUCUUCCUGUUGUUGGAGUUUCGUUUCCAGAUCAAGAUCCUCAGUGUUUCAUCAAAUUCUACUUGGAGAAACUGGAAUUUAAUUCUCAUCAAGCAUGUGUAUUUGCAUGUAGCAUCAUGAAUAGUUGGCUGAUGUGGUCCAUUAUGAAUAGAGACAAUACAGAUGAUAUGGAACCCAUGUUGACCUCUCUUCCAGUCGAGCUUCUGGAUCUCUACUGUUGCUUAGCCCCUCGGCUUGCUCUCAUAUAUAACCAAGGUGAAAGAGAGGUGACAAUCGCUGAUGUAUACUUAUAUCUUGAAGGCUUUGAUGUCCCAGUGUGUUCUAGACUUUACUUUAAUCAGACAUAUAAUUAUAUUCAAAAGUAUAAGAUUCCUCUUGAGAAAUGGAUUGAUUUUGAGCUACAAGCCACUUGGGAAGAUACCCCUAUAGAUGUACGACAGACUUACCUUAAGUGUAGAGUGCUACAAGUUUUUGUGUCGAAAGAGGACACUAGGGUCACGGACAAUACAGAUGAAGUGGCUACAAGGAGUACAGUGCAUGUGUCUAUUCACCAAAUAGUAACUCGGAUAUUUUUUACCUUCUUAAACAUUGGACUGAAGAAGCAAAAUUCAAGUGAAAUAUUAAUGCUGAUACAGUCACUUGCUCAAUACGAUCCAAACCCUGGUAUUUGUCUUCUGCUUGAAUGGUGUAGGCGAGACAGACUCUAUGGUAAUAUUUCGGUGUUGUCCUUCAUGAGUAUUUGCCGCUGCCUCCCUCCACCACUCUUCUUGACAGGUGAACAAAUUUUUCAGCUUUCGGGAGUCUUCCGAAACCUGAUUGAAAAUCUGCAGGUUGCUAGCCAGGAUGUCCAGUUGAAUUUGUGUGAUACAAUCUUCCUAUGCUCAUCAGUGCUGAGUGCAGCUGCAAUUGAUGGUGUGACGAGCAUUCAAGUGGACCAGUGCCUUAUGCCACUCAGGACCGCCAUUGUGUUCCACUGGGAGUCUCUUAGGAGUUUCUUCAGGAAUCACAGUGCGAUCAUCAAAAGACAGAGCUGUUUAGUCUCUCUGUGGAUCGCAAUGACAAAUCUAAGCAAGAAAACCAUCAAUUAUCUUACUCCAGAUGAAGCUGGCCUCAGACUGUUAGCCAUGCAUCUCCACAAUUCAGUUUGUGAAGAAGACGAAACGAAAGCUUUGGUAUCUGUUGGUGGAGGUCCAGUGUACACAAAAUGGCUCUUGGCUUACUUAGGUCUGCAGCAGAUGAGAGGCUCUGUUCCCUCUUUUCCUGACCAAAUGAAGCUUCUUGACAUACAAGAGAGAGAUAAAAAAAUAAUUUCAAUUUGCCAGGCAGAGCUUGAUAAGAUUUUAACCACAUCAGAGGUGGUAAAACUUGUAAAUGAAAUUUUCCCAAGUAGGUACGAUAAGUUUCUAGCAUUGAAAUCAGUCCCUAUUGCUUGUGUCUUUGUGCUUCUUUGCAACAGUAUCUCGUCAUAUGAGAGACAAACAGAUAUAAUGGAGAGUAAACUAAUGAUAAAUCGGUUUGAACUUCUCUUACAGUGUCAUAUCUUCCUUUGUCAUAAGUUCGAUGAACAGGAAAGUUCAAAUGCAGGUGAGCCUGUAAACAAGGCAGCAUCUGAAAGUCACAGAGUGGCUAAUUCAGACUCACCAGAUCUGGAUUACUUGGCAGAACUUAACCAAAAAAUAUUUUCAUGUUUAUCUAAAAUAUCCCCAAAUACAUUAUCAAAGUUAUCAAAGAAUACAUUUUCAAAAUGUGAACCUGAGCUAAAGGCAGCGAUAAAAUUUAAAUUGCAGUUGUAACAAAUAAUGUAAAGAUUGAGAGAAAAAUAUAAAUAUUUUUCCAUAU